AUGCUGUUGCCAUUAACGCUUGCACUUUGCAUCAUGUACCCUUUGGCCUUCUCAAUUAGUGAAGAUGUUCUGUUAAUCAACUACCAUAUCCACAUAAUCAAUGAUCUGCCCUUGGAACCUCCAACCAAUGUGCCUUCAUUGAAUCUGCAUUGCAAGUCUAAAGACAAAGAUCUUGGUGAGAGAGCAAUGUUUCAGCACCAGGAUUACGCAUGGGAUUCAAAAAUAAACCUUUUCAGAACCACCCUUUUCUUCUGCAAUGCACGGUGGCGGAAUAAGAAGCAACGGUAUUUUGAGGCUUUCAGGGCCACCAGAGAUGAAGAUCGGUGCCUAGAUUAUCAUUUUUCCUGCAUCUGGUCUGUGAGAUAUGAUGGGAUUUAUUUCAGCAGUGAUAAUUAUACUUGGACUAUGCAGUAUCCAUGGUAG